CUGUAUUACCCGUGCGAUAGGAGUUUGCCCUUUGUUCUAUCUUCAUAAUUACCAACUCAGCAUCCUGUGGAGCCUGCGCUCCCUUACAGAUAGACGACCCUAACAGUCGAGUGGUUUGUAAUAGAUAGACUUAUUUAGGAUAGACUUUAUAAAUCCGACUAACCCCCCGGCGGUAGAUAGAUCGAUAUAUAUUCUAGCGGAAGUCGACUACUUUUCUAGAUUGGUAUUUGGAUAGCUAUUGCCGGCGGCGUCCGCAUAUACGGUGGGAGUGACCUUCAUACGAGUAUAGGCACUCAUUAUCGGCUGGCCGCGACAGACAUAGACCGAUAACGGAUCCCAUUUCAAAAACCAGGUCCUAGACAGAUUGCCGGAAUGGCAUACGGCUGUGGGGUCGCGGAUGGUGAACAUCAAUACCAGACACCAGGAUUCCAUCCGAGUUGCUACAGCCAAAGCUUUCCUCGGAUUCGACUCCGUGUACGAGAGAACCCUGGCAGACGACAUCCAGGAACUUAUUAACAAGGAUGAGACCAUUCACAUAGACGUAGACUAUGCCGGACUGGGAGACCACGUCCUGGCAUGCUCCCAAGCUAGAGAAGAGACACGGGAUCGGGCGGCCGAAGUUCAUAUCAGCCGGGCAGAGAGGAAUCAGUACCAAGACGUAUGUCCCAACGUGUUUCGAGUCGGAGAUUGGGUCAGAGACAAACUGGGCAAGGAAAAGUCCAAGUUUACGCCGAACUGGUCUGGACCGUGGAGAGUCGUGGAAAAGGUGAUGCCGAGAACAUGUAUCGUGGAGCACACUCGGAAACCGGGGCCUCGGAGGAAGCUACAUGUAGACGAUAUGAAACUACAUGGCAAACCGCCAUUAUGGGGGAUCGAGCCUGGAGACAUGGUGGUCAAGUCACGACGUUCUGAUGAGAGAUGGCUGGCUCAGCUGGAGAGCCAGAAGGCCGACAGCAUCUCGGGGGACAAAAGGGUGGAUUUGGCGUCUCUGGCAACUAUGAAGGGUGGCCCUUUCUCUUUGCCCCAGCCUUCGUACUAGAUGUGAACAUUCCCCCCUUAGUCAUCCUCCUCGCUUUCAUCCUCUAGCUCAAACUCAUAGUCAAAGCCGUCAUGUUCCUGUGCCCGGCGGAC